GAGCCCUCCGAUUGGAGGCAGGGCUUGCUUGUCUGCAAGCGUUGGAGGUCAGCGGCAGUCCCCGGGGCCUCGGUGUUCGGUCCCCGGGUCCUCCAAGUUCCAUUCCCAGGCGGGUCCGGGCUCAGGGGCCCGAGCAGACUCGCUGUGUCCUCCGGUCGCUGUGCUGAAGCCGCGACGCACGUACAGCCGGAGUGUGACGGGGCGGCCCCGGUCACCCAGUCCCGGGCGUGGAGCGUGCGUCGGACGCAGGUCGGGGGCGUGGUCUCCGCCGGGGCCCCUGGUCAAGGACCGGGAACGAGGGAAGGGCUUUGGGCCCCAGGCUGGGGUUCGAAUGUCGACUCCGCCCCAUCACGUCUAGCGUACCGCUCAGCAUUUCUCAGGGUCUGGGUGCCAUCCCGGUGAAAGGGGCCCUGGCAGGCCCACUAGGGUCUGCUGCGCGGCCCGCUCAGCCCCUGCCCUGGGUAGCAGGUGUGGCGGAGGAAGGGCAAGACGGGAGGCAUCUCAGAGCGCUGUGGGGCCCGGAAGCCCAGAGUCCGGUUAUUUUUAACCACCUGCGCCCCCUCCCCCUUCGGGGAGUUGGAAUGCUUCUGUCUGGGGCCUGUGCGACCCCGCCAAGGAUUGCUCCGAGUCCACUUUAGAUAGGAGGUAUUUAAAGCGCUUUACAGUUUGUGAGUUGAUUCUUGGUUCCUCUGGAAACGGGUGACAAUAUUGAUCACCGAUAAGGAGACUAAAAAUGGCUUCAGGGCCUUGGUGGGUCAUCACCCUAGCCUUUGACCAACCCAGGCCCCAGAGCCCUCUCGUCCUAUUUUUAGUCUGGCCAAACUGGGGGAGGUGUUGGGGCUGAGUCUCGCAGUGAUUCAGGCUUUAGCUGCUCUAGGCAUCUGGUCACCUGGCAACUGAGCCGUGGGCACCCACAGCUGAGCAGGGAGGGCAGAAGUCCUUGGUGCCCAAGAUGGCUCUGGGCCCAUGGUCAUCUGCUCAGGCAUCUGCACAGAAGACGGUUCUGCCUGGUCAGGUACUGCCUGGCAGACAGACCAUGGCAGAGUUCUCCCAGAAACGGGGGAGGCAGCGUGACGAGGUCCUGGGCAGCACUGUGGAUUUCCUCCUGGCCAAUGCCCGCCUGGUGCUGGGCGUUGGUGGGGCCGCCGUGCUGGGAAUUGCUACCUUGGCUGUGAAGCGGCUCAUCGACAGGGCCACCAGCCCUCGAGACGAGGAUGAUGCCAAAGGGGACACCACAUGCCUGGAGGAGAGCUGGAAGGAACUGACCCUACUCAAGACCACGCCACGCCUGCAGCCCCAGACCCCACCUGCUGCCCUCAGCCAGCCAGCAUCGCUCCCCGCCCCCUUGCCAUCUGCCCCCGAGGGGCCCUCAGACACCGAGCCUCAGCCGUUGCCUCAGCCGAGCUCCCCAGCACCGCUGUGCCUGACGUUUCAGGAGAAGCUGCUGGUGUUCGAGCGGGACCACGUGACCAUCCCAGAGGCCCACGUGGCUCUGGCCAAGCAGCUGGCCGGUGACAUCGCCCUUGAGCUGCAGGCCUACUUGCGGAACAAAUUCCCAGAACUGCCCUUCGGGGCCCUUGUGCCCGGCGGGCCGCUCUAUGACGGGCUCCAGGGGGGGGCCGCCAGCCGCGUGCGCCUUCUGGUUCCCCUGGUGCUGGAGGUGGGCCUGUGGGGCCUGGUGCCCGGCGUGGACACCGUGGCCAGGGACCCUCGCUGCUGGGCCGUGCGCAGGACUCAGCUUGAGUUCCGUCCCCGCGGGAGCAGCCCCUGGGACCGCUUCCUGGUGGGCGGCUACCUCUCUUCCCGGGUCCUGCUGGAGCUGCUCCGCAAGGCCCUGGCCUCCUCCGUCAACUGGCCGGCCAUCGGCGGCCUCCUCGGGUGCCUGAUCCGGCCCAGCGUGGCCUCGGAGGAGCUGCUGCUCGACGUGCAGCACGAGCACCUCGAGCUCACCGUCGCCGUGCUCCUGGCGGUCACCGGUGCCGACGCCGAAGACCGCCUCCUUCUGGCCUGGCCCCUGGAGGGGCUGGCCGGGAACCUCUGGCUGCAGGACCUGUACCCUGCAGAGGCCGCCAGGCUGCGGGCCCUGGACGAGCGUGAUGCCGGGACCCGCCGACGGCUGCUGCGGCUGCUGUGCGGGGUCUGCCGCGGCCACCCGGCCCUGGGGCGGCUGGACCGCUGCCAUCUGACCCAGGUGGUUCUGCGCCUGGGGGAGGAGGAGGUGGACUGGGCCGAGGCGGCCCUGGGGGAGCGCUUCCUGCAGGCCCUGGAGUCGCUCAUCGACAGCCUGGAGCGGGCCAGCCUGCCCUGCCACUUCAACCCCGGCGUGAACCUCUUGAGCGGCCUGCGUGAGGAGGAGAUUGACGACAUCGGCUUCGCGCUCUACAGCGGCCUGCAGGCCCCCGAGUGUCUGCUCUAGAUGGGUGGGGAAGGGCGGCCGGCACUCGUGCUGAUGCUGGGGUCGGAGUCACCUGGUACCCCCGGAUUGCAGCUUUGGGGCUGAUUUAAAGGCCGCGUCUCCCGAUGUCACCUGCGUGUCUAGUUGGCUUGUCGAGCUCUCCCCUCUAGCCUGGAACAGGAGCUCAGUCUGGCGUGCUGCCCACCUCGUACCUCAGGGGAAGGCCCCUCUCCCUCCAACCGGGCCAUUUUUCUCUUUGGGCAGAGAGGCCCCUGGGAGAGCCCCCUUCCGCUGCUGGGGGAGCCAAGGUUCCCUGUGCUGCCCACCUUGCCUAGAGGCAGGGCUGUCUGACUAGCUGCUGCUGGGUCUGGCCGGAGAGCGGAGGCCGUGCCUUCCCAGGGAGGCCAGCUGAGCGGGCCUGACCUCCACAGUGCCAACCUGAACUGCUCCCCGCUGACGCCUGUGUCCUCACUGAAGCCUGGCAGAGGUGGGGAGGGAGGGCCGCCCCACCUCCCAGGCAUCCGUCCCGUCUUUGGUAUCCUUCUUGCUGAAGCAAAGCUAUGCCUCAAAGAAUGUGAAUGAGAAUAAAAGGAAAAAUUCAAACGUC